CCUCUAUUCUUAAACUCCACCCCCCCAGAUCACCUGUACGCCCAGAAAUCAUUCAUCAAUCAGCAAUGGAGGGCCUUGUUCAAGAACUUCAAGAACUUAGUCUCAAAAGCAAUGGAGGAUCUCCAAUCUAUCCUCUGGUUAAUAAUCUUGGAUUUCCUGAGACACCCAUUAGUGCUGUUUCUGAUACGAAUAUAUCGAUACCAAGAAAUGCUGUUCUUGAUUCCAGCUCGUAUCGAACACCUGGGUCUGAUUUUUACCAAAACAAUCAGUACGCUUAUCAUGUAGAUGAAGGCUAUAAUCCAAGAUCCUUCAUGACGUGUCCAAAACCGACACCUGAAAGCUUCGAGAAUUACUUAGAAAGAUGCAGUAUUCAAGAGAAAGCACAGAUUGUGAAUUUUCUCAUCAAAGAUCAGUACACGCUUGUUGAUAUGGCGAAGGAUCCGCACAGCAUAAAUUUCGUCAAGAAAGUGAUUGAGAGCGUUAAAGGAUCUCCUACGUUACGCGAUGGUAUUAAAUCUGCUCUUGCUCUUGCGGGAAUCAAUGAAACUUUUGAACUGAUGAUUCAUCCUAUUGGGUAUCAGCUGGUUUCCCAUUGUUUUAAUCAUCUGACUGAUGAGGAUAAUUUGACCUUAUUUGAAACCGCUACCCACUUUUGCCUUCAACUCGCAACAAGUGAAAAGGGAUGUGCAUCCCUUAAAACCUGCAUCUACAAGUCCAACACAGAAUACAGAAGACUAAUUGUGGAUCAAAUCAUCGCCAACUCUCUCAUGCUAGCUAAACACUACUAUGGAAAUUUCAUUAUUCAGGUUAUCAUUGAUCUUCAUAACCCCAUGUACAACGAAAGGAUCUGCCUUCGGCUUAAAGAAAACUUGGAGGAUCUUGUGUUAAGUAAAAGUGGAAGCUAUGUUGUAGAGAAAUGCCUCAAAUCUUCUGCUAGUGAAGCUAUACUUGAGGGAUUUAUUAGUCUCGACGCGAAAAAACUAGAGAAUAUUGCCCGGCAUCCCUUUGGAAAUUAUGCUUUGCAAACUGCACUAGUUGUUUCUAAGAAUUCCAGGUUCCAUGAUCAACUAGUUAAUGCUGUUGAGCAACUUUCAGAUGAGCUUUCGUGUGAUAGACAUGCAAAAAAUGUAUUGAGCCUUGUCAGAUCGAGCAGAAGAAGGAAUCGUAGGUAUUGAAGAAGCCCAUGAAGCAUCAAGAUAUUAAAGGAUUAGCCUAUGUUACAUAGGAUAACGUUUGCUUGUAAUUAUAGCCUGGUAAAGAUCAUGUAGCCUGAUAAAAGUUUAUUGUGUUCUUAUCGUUUGAGGUUGUUAAUUACUUAUGUCACUUCAGUUUGUUUUCUCAAACUUGUAGUUCUGUUGAUUUUGGUAGCGAACAAUCUAUGUUGGUUUGCAG